CAGAGCCUCUCGCUCUCUCAUUGUACCGUUGCCUUUGCCGUUCCGUUUUCGUUUUCGUUCGUUCGUUCGGUACGUUUUUUUUUUUUGUGUCGCGAAGUUAGUGGAGACAAGACAAAAAACGGCAAAUGGCGCUGCAAAUUGGCAAAAAACCAAAGACGAAGACGGGAAAAACAUGUGCAGUGCAAUGGAGCCAAUGCAAAUAGUUAAUUUAUAGUUAGUAAUUCAGUUCGCAACUGCUGUGCAAUAAAUCUAGCCAAAGCAAACGUUCUAACGGUAUAAAGGUAGCAGCGAGUAGAGUAGAGAGCGCGUGUGGAAGAGAGAGGGAGAGAAAAGUGUGUGUAGAAAUAUAUAGAAAAUAUCGAUUGGAGCACUGGAUUCGCGAGGAGAUCGGCCCAAAAUGGUGGGCCUGCUAAAUCCGCUAAAGUAUGGCGACCACUUCUACGAGCUGUACACGAACAACACGCGCAGAAAAAUGCAACACGAACGCAAGGUGCUUACGAAGCGUAAAAGUCGAAAGGACAAGUCAGCGGCUGCUAUGGCCGCCGCUGCUGCUGCUGCGGUUCUCGAGGGGAAUGUGGGGGCUGGUGGAUUGGUCAAUCCGCUAGAUCCGCCGCUGGUCAAGGAGCAACUGCUAAUCCUGCCCUCAUUCCCGGUGGCGCACAUUGAACUCGAUCCAAAUGCGUCCAAAUUUGCCGUCUUUUCGGCCAUCCGGUCAACGGUCCUCGAGGCGGAGACCCGUUACGCCCUGUUCCAGGAGGGAGGACCGUCCGGGGGACAUGCCGGAUCAAAGAAAUGGAACACGCCGCUAAGUACAUCCUGCUGCAUGAUGUGCGCCCACAGCUGUAUGAUUAGCAACAUCCUGGACUGCUCCUGUCACGCCCAACUGGCCAUGGCCGGUGCAGCUGGACAGGUGCCAGGUGGCGGUGGUGGUGGUGGUGCCGGUGCCGGCGGUGAUAGGGUGAUGUUAGCCGGUGGCGGCGGCGGUGGACCCGCUCCCGUACCCGUUGUGGUCGGUGGACCCGGUCUUCCGGCCGAGAAGCGUCCGCGAAGGGAUAGCGCCAACAGUGAUGCGGAUUCGGACACCGAGGAGCCCACCGAACGGGAGCCCGUCUAUGCCACCGUGCCCCUUAUCGUGGGCGCCGGCCUUAGGAGUCUGUUUGAGCUGAUUGCCGAUGCCCGACAUGUCCAUCCCCUGCUGUGCACCAAGGCGCUGAAGGCCCUGCUGGACGUGAUCCAAGGCCAGCAGCCGGAGAGUUUCAAGUUUGAGCCCGAGGAGCUAAUCAAUCCCUUGUACGAUCUGCUUUUGGAUUUGGCCACAAUGCCGGCUGCCCUUAAUUCAGCCACCGGAGCGGAGGCCAACUGGUCGGCCAUGGCCUGUGCCGCCCUUCUGGGUUUGUGUAUUGCCCGCGGUGACACUGGCAAGAUGCUGAAGGCUAUUGCAGCCAUGCUGAUGACACCGCGCCAGCUCUCGGCCCAGAUUGUGCAGCUGCCGGUGGUCCUGGCCACGCUGCAGCACACGGUGGUCAGUGCGGCGCUCAAUAAGCCCACUAGGCCGGAUUUUCAUAGCCACGGUGUGCCGCACAAUUCCCUGAUUGAUGAGUUUUCCCUGAAGCUGCCGCCCUUGAGCACGGGUCAGCCGGUCACAUCACCGGCCAUGGCCUGCGAUGGUGUCUUUGUUUAUCUGCUGUACGGUGGCACCCUGUUGAAGAUCGGCACUGGGUUUGGUGGCUCCUACAAGGGACACGUUUAUGCCCAGAACGAGGACUUUAGUCACGAGAAAAGCGCCUGGCUGGGCUACAGCGCUGGACAGCUCUACUUUCGUCGCACUUGUCGCCGCAGUGCUGGCGAUCAACUGCAAAUGGUUGGUUUGGAUACGCUGGCCAUUAAGGCCAUGAGUCCGUUGAGCAUGCUCCAUAUACGCGAGGGCCUCAACUAUGUCCUAUUCACCGACGACGACUCCCUGCAUGCCAUCUGUAGCAAUCGCGAUGACACUUUGGUGGUGAAGAAACUGAAUCUGUAUCACAACAGCUACAACAUCGAUCCGCCGCCCUUUGAGCUGCCACUCCAGCUGGCCCGCAAAAAGUUCCGCACCCUGGGCUAUGCCGCCUUCGAGGAUGAGCUGCUCAAUCAGUAUCAAAUACAACGCAUCCAGUCGGCGCACAAUAGCUUUGAGCCCAAGCUACCGGCUCCGUGUCGCGAUGCCGAUGUGGAUGUCCUGGGCAUGGCCUGUGGCAAGGAGUUCGGCUUGGUGAGGGCUAGCAAUGGCAGGGUCUACUACUAUGGCAAAUCUGUGGCCUUGGGACUCAAGUGUGUGGGUAGGACGCCCACGCUGAAGCUCACCGAACUGAUCAUCUCGAAGGCGGCCAACAUAGUCCAUGUGGCGGUGGGUCAUGAUGGCAUCCAUGCCCUGCUGGUCAACGAUGAUGGCACUGUUUAUUUUGCUGGAACUGCCCGACGCGGCGAAGACGGCGAUAGCAGCAAGAAUCGCAGGCAACCAAAGGCCGUUAAGCCCAAGAAGAUGACCAAAAUCGAUGGCCAUGUGGUGGUCCAUGCGGCCUGUAAUAAUGGCACCUCUGCCUUUGUCACCAAAACGGGAAAACUGAUAAUGUACGGCAAGGAUACGGCCCACUGUGAUGCCAUGGGGUUCGUCAGUGAACUGCUUGAUCAGCAUAUCACCAAGGUGGCACUGGGCAAGGCCCAUUGUGUGGCCCUCAAUGCCAAGGGACAGUUGUUCUCCUUCGGGCUGAACAACAAGGGACAGUGCGGAAGGAUAUUCAACAAGCUGCAGCCGGUGAAGGAUGUGGCACCGUUUGCCUCAUCCUCCACGGCCGCCGCCUGUUUUGCAUCCCUUCUGCCGCUGGACAAGCGUCUCAAGCUGGACUUUUCCACGCUCUGCGACUACGAUGAUCAUAAUUUGGUCCAGGGCCAGUGCCGUGUGUGUGUCAUCUGUCGCGAAUGCACCGGCUAUAAUGUGAGCUGCGUUUCGGCUCUAAAUGUGCCGCUGGAGCAGCGUCUGGCUGGCAGUGUCUGUCCCUGUGGUCAUGGCGAUGCCGGGUGUGCCAAGUGCGGUCUCUGCGCCGCCUGUAUUGCCCUCCAGGACAGCGAUGAAGCCAAAACGGAACUGAAGCCUCCGCCUAGCGAUGUGCAACAGCGUCAGCAACGCUCCAAGACCCUCAUUAUGCGCCGCAAGGAGCGCAAGGGUGAACUGGAGACGGGAGCUGCUGGCGGUGGUGCCGCCACUCCCACCGAUCUGGACAAGGAUCCACCGCGUGUGGCCCCACUGGCACCGCAAUUGCUGCAGCUGACUAGCUCAGCACCGGUGGUUCAGGUGGCCUGUGGCCUCCACCAUACGGUUGUACUGACCCUGGCCGGCGAGGUCUACACCUUUGGCAGCAAUCAGUACGGGCAGCUGGGCAGCGGUGAUCUACAGCCCGUGAGUGGUCCAGUACGCGUCCAGGUGUCGGGUGCCAUUAGCCAAGUGGCAGCCGGCAGCAAUCACACUGUGCUGCUCACCUCCAAGGGCAUGGUCUAUACCUUUGGCAACUAUCAGAAGGGACAGCUGGGACGCUUGCCAAGUGAUUUUAUACAGAAACCAGCCCAGGCCCAGGAGGACGAGUCGCCGGUGGGUUUGGGGUCCGAUGGAGGAGGAGGAGGAGGUGUUGGAUCACCUGCUGGCGGUGCUACUGCGCCCUUGGGCAUGCCUGGGCCGGAGGUUCAGCCCAGUGGUUCCAAGGAAACGCCGCCUUUAAUACCGAAUUUCAAUGCACCGAUUCUGACGCAGCGACAAAAGUUUCUAUGGAACUGCUCCCCAGGCGCCGUCUUUGGCCUGGGUCCCAGCUAUGGCAAGAAGGUGACCUGGAUUGGGGCCAACGGCGAUCAGACCUUUAUUAAAAUUGAUGAAUCCCUGAUCACAGCUCAAAUGCUGCCCAAGAUGCAUGUGGUGGCCAACAAGAAGACUAUAUUGCUCAUUCCCAGCAUUCCGCUGUCCUUUCACACGCUCUCCAUCAAUCGUCGCGAUGGCAGCUGCACAGCCCAUUAUCGCGGUCAGACCAACUUUGUCCAGCUGAUGCAGCAGCAGCAGCAGGUCCACCAACAGCAGCAGCAGCACCACCAUCAACAACAUCAGCAUCACCAGCAGCAGGGAGAACAAUUGCAGCCGGAAAUCAACAGGAAUGUGGAUGUGCUUGGAACACCAGUAACCGCUGAAUCCCCGGCACAUGCCGCUGCCGCCGGCUCCUCCUCUGCCGCCUCAUCGCUACUCACAGCUCUGGCGGGAACAGCAGCCAACGCUGGUGUGCCCAUUAAUGAGCAAAUGUCACGGAGCAUGCACGAGGCCAGGAAUCAAAUAUUUGAAGAUCAGCCCCCAGAGACAGGAUCUCCAGCGGCGGCAGUGGCAGGAAUAGGAGCAACUACAGUUGGGACACCUGGCGGUGGCGGCGGCGGCGGUGGAGGAAAUGCCUCGCGUCAACGUCGCGGUGUCCGGCAGGGUGGCUCCCCAGAACCGGUACCAAUGCCGCCACAGCUGGCCUUUGCCAUGGAUCCCACCUACAAUGUGCUGUGGGUAUUCGAUGGAGCUGCCCGAAAGCUGCGCUGUCACAAUGUGGUGGCCAGCGACAUCAAUGAGAGCGAUGCGAACUCAGCCAACUACCGAUCCCUGCUCUCGCCGGAGCUAUCCCUGCCGGAUCGCGUAGACUCCCGUGUGGCACGCUCGCAGGCCUCGCUGAAUCUGCUGGCCUGCUUGGACAUUCUCACCUCGGCGCAGGACAACAUCCCCGGCUGCUUCGAUCAGCCGCUGCUCAAGCAGACCCAACAGACAGCCGAGACGCUGAGCGGCGAAUACCAGGUGGUGAGUCGCUUCGACAACUUUGGCGGCGGUUGGGGCUAUUCGGGACACAGUGUGGAGGCCAUACGCUUCUCCGCCGACACGGAUAUUGUGAUCUGUGGCUUCGGGAUGUUCGGCGGUCGCGGGGAGUACAGCUGCAAGCUGAAGCUCUUUGACCUGGGCGGCGAUGGUGGCGGCUACGAGAAGGAAGGUGUUCUCAUAAGCGAAACCAAGGAGGUGCCCUACGAGUGCGGCGCCAGGAGCAAGCAUCAUAUAUUGCUGCCCAAGCCGGUUAGUGCGGUGGCCGGUAGAUGGUAUCUGGUGUGGGCCAGGAUCGCUGGACCCUCCUCCGAUUGCGGUUCGUGUGGCCAGGUAUCGGUCACCACCGAGGAUCAGGUGGUCUUCUCAUUCAAGUCCAGCAAGAAGGCCAACAAUGGCACCGAUGUCAACUCCGGCCAAAUACCGGCCAUCCUGUACAGACUCGUGACGCAGGAUUGCAAGCAAACGCCGGCCCAGAUGGAUGCGGAUCCUGUCCAGCGAAUAUCGCGUGCCUUUGCCAACAGCGUCAGCCGGGAGUGCUUCGAGAGUCUGGUGGUUCUGCUUAGCUGGGCCUGGGAUUGCUUCAAGCUGCAGCUGCGCGAGGAGCGCGAUAGAUCCAGGCCAUUGCAGCUGCAGCAGUCGCUGCAGUACCUCGGCUAUGUGAUCAAGUCAUGUCUGCGGCUGCUGCGCAAGUAUACCAAUGAGAUAUAUCCACAGCGCAGCUCAGCCACAAACCAGGGAGGAGCUGGUGCUAGAGGAGGAGGAGGUGGUGGUGUAGUGGCUGCUGCUUUGGCCAAGAUACAGGCUAAGGCUGGCAGAGACAAGAGCUCAGCUCCUCGAGCCGCUGUUAUGGCCAAAUACUUUGGUGAUGCCUCACCAGCGCCGGCCAUGAUCAGUAGUGGCGGCAGCGGUGGAGCACCAUCUACAUCUGCUUCGGCGGCGGCGGCGGCUGCAGCAGCAGCAGGAGGAGGAGGAGGAGCAGCAGCAGCAGCUGGAGGAGCCACUCCCCAGACACGUAAGACUAACAUGGAGAACAUACAGCUGGCAGAGUGCAUUGGCAAUGUGCGAGCCCUGCUUAUAGUCAUCUUUUGCGACGACAUCUUCAAGGAUAUAGCCACCGAUGAGGGCUACGAACUGGUCCUGGAGAUCCUCGACGAGUGCCAUUUGAGUUAUGUGGCCUGCUUCGAUGCCUUCUAUCCCACAUCCUCGCUGAAAUGGAACUGCCUGUGCGAUUUACUUGGCCAAAUGGAUCGCGGUGCCCUGCAUUCCCGCCUGCUAAGCGCCAUACUGGCCGGCUUAUGCUCACCCAGCGUCAAGCUAAGGGCCACCUUCUCCCUGCUAAGUGCCACGGGCAAUGAACGCCAGUCGAUCAUCAGUCCCAGCGAUAACUCUGGCCUGCCCAUGCUCUCCUCCACGGAUGCCCAUCAGUAUCCCAUAUUGGUCGAGCAGAUGAUCUAUCGGACGCAGCAGGAGAAGAGCGAUUUCCUUAGCAACUCGUGGACCUUUAAGGAUGUGCUAGUGCGUCUCCUGGAUAUUAUAGCCACGCCCAUACGCUCGCGAAUUGAGGUGAUUUACAGCCGGAAUCUGGGGAAUAGCAGCGCCAGCAGCGUCCACAACAAGGAGACCGUCAAUCAGGGCUUGAUUGACAACUGUUGCCAUCUGUUGGCCCGAGUUCUGGCCGAGAUUGUCUACCAGACGGCAAUGGGUGAGUACGACAAGUUGUUUCUGCCUCCGCGAACUCUUCACUCCACCGGCGCCCGGUUCGCCCGCUGCGAUGUGAGUCGAACGUGGAACACGGGUAACUUUGGUCCCGAUGCCAUUGCCUUUGCCGUGGAUCGUCCGGGUGUGGCCAUUGCCGGUGCCAUGGUCUACUCGGGAUCGGGAAGCUAUGACUAUCAGCUGGAGUUGCUCUACGACAAUACGGCGGAUCUGCAGCCGCAGCACAAGUGGGAGACUCUGGAGUCCGUCUCGGGUACCUACGACCAGGAGGCGGUGCACAAUGAUCUUGCAGAGAUUAAGUUUGAUCAUCCGGUGCAUAUCAAGGAGAAUGCACGCUACGCCUUGAGGUUGUGCUCCCAAGGAGCACGUACCUGUUCCGGUGACGCUGGAAUGCCAGUGCUACGAGGACCCUGUGGCACCCAAUUUCAUUUCUAUGCCUGCGAUCUCAGCUUUAAUGGCACCACGCCGGCCCGAGGACAAUUGCCAUGCAUCCUGUACUACAGCACGCCCAUGAAGCAGGACGGAAACAACACAAAUACCACCACUAACACUGCGACUGGAGGCGGUGUUUCCAUACUGGAGGAGCGACCAUUGCUUCUGGGGCCACACGAAGUCUCCACCAGAGACACAGCGCUGCAAAUUGCAGCGGAUAUAACCAAGAAAUGCACGGAACUGUUGAUCCUGGCCAGGAAUGCCAUGGCUGCCUCAUGCUCGCCCUCGGAUAACAGCUCCAAUCACACCCAGACGAUUGAUUCCGAGCACAAUAUCACGCCCAUCGAGGAGCACAUGGACAUUAACUGGGCCAACAACUCGCGGACAGCUGCAUUGCCCACUGUGGUGGCCGCUUCGGCGGCAGAUCCACAGCUAUCCGCCGCCCGGGAUUUGGGCAAACGCAUUGAGUCCUUCUCCAAGGGCAUCAUGGAGACCCUGAAGUUUGACAAGCGUUCCACGAAUCCCUUUGAGAUGGAAAUCGAAAUGGGAGCCACCGAAAUCGGUGUGGAGGAGACGGCUGCCGACCUGAGGAACGGCCAGAGUCAGAGUCAAAGCCAGAGUCAGAGCCAGAGCCAAAGUCAGGGCCAGAGCCAGGGUCAGAGUCAGUGCCAGAGUGUGCCCAUCAAUGGGAAUGAGAGGACCACGGAGUACGAGAUGGCCGAGCAGCCGGCAACGCUGCCUCAGCAGCACUCGGACUCGGAGGAGGCUCCUCUAGAGGCGGGUAACAUGGCUGCCAGCGGUGGCGGUGGCCUAAGCGGAGCUGGUGGUGUCACCAGUCAUGUGACCGCUGUCCAGCUGCUGGAGGUCUUCAAUCUGGCCGCCUCCAAUAUGUUUCACACACUCCUGCCGCUGGUCUAUGCCCACAUUGCCAAUUUGGCCUGCAGCGAUCCCAAGAGCUCCGUCCAGAUUCUCGGUUUGAUCAAGGAGAUCCUGCCGCAUAUCGCUGCCCUGAAUCAGCUGCAUGUGUCCAAGGAGCAGCGCCCGCCGGAGCCGGCUCUGUUUGCCCCCCAGAGUGGUGGUGGCAACAGCACCACCAGCAACCACUACUGUGUGGUGGAGAGCGAGCAUCCGUACAAGAGUGCCAGCAUCAGUUGCUACCGCGUGGAGUUCCCGCCCUGCGUCCAGUGGCUGACCAUUGAGUUUGAUCCGCAGUGCGGCACUGCCCAACUGGAGGAUUACCUGCUCCUGUCCAUACCCAUGCGACCGCCAACGGCCCAGCAUCAGGCAACGCCAGUCCCGCAUGCCGAUGAUUAUCUGGAGCAGGCGGACAACAAUGUGCACAGUGGCGAUAGAAGACGCACCACUGGCGGUGGCAUAGCCGGCAGCGGAGCAGCUCCGAGCAAUCAUAUCCGUUCCGCCAGCGUUCAACUAACCAUGGCCAGUUGUUGCCGCAGUCCGGGGGCAGCAAGUGCUCCAGGCUCGGCCAGCGCGCCGAGUGCAAUGCCACUGCGCAUGCUGGAUGCCACCGAACGGGAGUGGAUUGUGGUCAAGAAAUUCAAUACAGCUUCCACCUGGCUGCAGAACGUGCUCAUCCUGCCCGGCAACUGUGUGGAGUUCUCUUUGGAAACGGCGUCCCUCUAUGCCCAGGAUCCGCACAAUAAUCGCUAUGGCUUCAAGUGUCUAGUGGUUGGCUACGACAAUCCCACUUCAAUCAAUGCCAGCAACUCAUGUCUCAUAAGACUGGAGCAGGAAUUGGCCUAUUUGGGCGGCAUGUGCAGUGCCAAUCUCAUGAAGAAGGAGCUCAAUCUGCCAGACGACAAGGACGUGGAGGAUAUGAGCGGCAUAGAGGAGACCAUCAGUGCCCAUCAUGCCUUGCUCUCCAAAGGCUUUGCCCUAUCCGAGCCCCAGUUGACAGUGCACCAGGCCUUGGAGUCGUAUCUGCCGAUAGGAUCUCAGUCAAAUGAACGACAAUUCCUCAAGGACUUUAUCAGCGGAGCACCGGGAUCGUCGGGCGCCCGCUUGGCGGCCUGGUUGCAGCCGGAGUCGCGGUUGGAUCCCAAUAAAUGUGAACUGAACCCGAUCACGGAACCCCUGCGCUAUGGCUGGCCCUCUCAGGUGACGGUGACCAUUCGGGAUCAGUACGGGGAUGCGGUGCUGGUACCCGAGCUCAAGGUGGAGAUCAAGGCGAUACCUACGGGCUCAAAUGGUGCAGCAGCAACUGGUUCUGGUGCCCUGACCGGUAUCGCUGCCACUGGAGCCACCGGUGUUUCGUCGUCCGGCGCAAACUUGUGGAUGCGACGUGCUUCUGCGGAUACCUGGGGCUUUGGUGGCCUAGGACCGCCGCCGCGCCUUAAUUACGAGCCCACCAGCAAGGAGAAGAUGGUUUUCAAGGCCAUUACCUUUAUGAAACCCUUCACCAACUACUCGUUCGAGGAGCUGCGCUACGCGAGUCCAGUGCAGACGCGUAUCACGGAGCUGUUGAAUGCCAAGGACAUGGAGGAUGGUACCUUUAGUGUCCAGUGGACGCCCAGUUCGGUGGGUGCCUACUGUCUGGCUGUGACCAUUGAUGGCAUACAGCUGGAGGAGGUCUACCGUGUGGAUGUGAAGGAGGGCAUCCUGCCUCCGCCCACUCAAAGGAGUAGCGCCCAGCGAAGGCCACAGGCGCCCAGUAAGCUGCGACGCUUUCAGGCUCGCCACAGUUCCGGACUUCGGAUUCGGUCACAUCCCACGCUGCAGUCGGAGCAGGUGGGCGUGGUGCGCGUGGGCGGCGUGAUCUCGUUUAUCGACGAGAUCGAGAACGAUGACGGCAUCUGGCUGCGCCUCUCUACAGAGUCCAUUCGUCAGCACUGCACAAUGGGCUGGUAUCCGACGGAGGCCUGGUGCCUGCAGUUCAAUCAGCAUCUGGCCCGGACCCUGCUCCAGCCGGUGACCGACAAGGAGGCAAGCAGGGCAUGCAAGGGAGCAGAGGAUGCACAGGCCCAACGCCAUGGCAGCCACGGGCACGGCCACGACCGGCCCGACCAGGAGGAGGACGAAGAGGAGGAGGAGGAGGACGAAGAGGAGGCGCCGCAGCAGCCGCUAGUCAGCCCCUCGGGCAGUGGUGAGGCAAGUCCAGACCCGGAGGCAGAUCCUAGUCCGGUCUUGAGUCCAGCCAAGUCCGGCAAGCCCGGACGCUUUCUGGCCGGUACAAAUCCCUUCCUGUAUCCCUCCAAGCAUGCAGAUCUGGUGGCGCGGGAAGAGGAGCGAGAGAAGCAGCAGGAGCAGUUGCUGCUGGAGGACGACGACGACCCUGAUGAUGAUCGGGAGCCGGAACAGGAGGCGUUGGCUGCCGUGGAGCUGCUACCUGCCAAUAUAGGCUCGGCCAUUGCCGGCGUAGUUGGCGGUGGAGCCAUCAAGCUCCAGGCUCUGCAGAAGUGGUUCAAAGGCGAUGCCGUCGAAGGAUCCCAGCCCUUGACACCCUCCCACUCGCCACCACUGGCGGGUGUGUCCGUCCGGGAGCUGGUGCGUGCCAUGGGCGGCCAGGAUUCGCCGCGCGGCAAUGGCAAUCGCAGCCAGCAGCAACAGGAUCAGGAGCCCGAGUUCAGCCUGGCCAGCAUGCGGAGGCCCAACUACUCGGCCAGCCAGACGGCGGCUUUGCUCUCCACGCCUAAGCACACGCCCAAGAAGACUGCCCUGCUCCAGACCGAGCCAAGCCAGCUGAGUGGCCUGGAAGAUGACCUGAGUCUAUUACAGAUCACCACAACCACCACGCAGCAGGGUGAGCAGCAGAGCGAACUCCAAUUGGCCACCACCUCAGCAUCGGCGAAGAGAAGCGGCCUGUCCAUGGGUCCCAUCAAGCGGGCCAUGCCGCCCUCCUUUGCCGAGAGCAUUCGGGCGGUCUUUGCCGCCCUGCUGUGGCACGAGGGCGUUGUUCAUGAUGCCAUGGCCUGCGCCAGCUUUCUGAAAUUCCAUCCCGGGCUGCCCAAGGAGGGUGCCACGGUGGUGACGCGUCGCGGCGAGUCCGGCGAUCCACGUCUUCAGCUAUCGCGGGAGCAAAAGGCCCAGCAAAGGCACUCCGUCGAGGUGGCCAAUGCGGGCAACUACCUGAACAUACGCCCCUCUACCCUGGAGACGCUAACCAAGAGCGGCAACUGCUCGCUGCAUAACCGGAGCAAGCAUCGCAAGAAUCUUAUUAGUGGCGGCGGUGAUGCGGAUGCCUCCGCCCAGAAGCUGCAGGCUCUGCCCGAGAUGGUGAGUGUCCUGCCGCCCGCAUUGCGAUGCCUUGUGUAUCUGUGGGAGCAGAUCUGCUCUGGCUGUGUUCAGAUUGUGCAAUCGAAUGCUUUGGAGCAGCGGGAGCCACGCCUGCUCUCCCCGGGCGGACGCGAUCCCAACGGUGAGGGUGAAGGCGAGCUCAAGGAGGGCGGCGGCGGUGGCAAGGCAACGGAUCAGGGCACCGGUGGCGGCGACAAGGAUCUCGGGAGAAAGUGUAAGCGGAAGAAGAAGGACGAUGGCAGCUGGUGCGAGAUCUGUGAGCUCUUCCUGCCCAUGCCGGUGACCUACCACAUGCGGAUAGCGCAUCCUGGUUGCGGCAAGUCGGCCAAGGGCAAGGGCUACAACUCGGUGGGUAUUUUCUGUGAGGGAUGGGCCGGCAAUUGCGGCGAGGGUGGCAAGGGAGCCUCAUCCUGGUUCCUCAUGUGCGAUCCCUGCCGGGAUCGUUACCUGGCCUCCUGUCGCAGCGUCAAUAACAUCAAUAGCGCCGCCCGCCAGCUGGAGUCCAGUGCCGCCGAAGGCAACGAGCUGAAUCUGUUUGGCGUGAAGUCUACCACCUUGAUAGCCAACGCCGAGGUGUACACCACCAUGCGGGAGAAUGCCACAUUCCUGCUGGAGCUCUGCUCCAGUUCCAGCUCUGCCUCUGCCUCUGCCUCUGCCGCUGGCACCAGCUCGAAUCCCAAACGCUCGCCGCAACAGAUGUCCAUGGUGGCCAUGCCCGUGGUGAUUGAGCAUCAGCACAGCUCCGACCUCAAACCCAGCACCAGUCGCUGCAGCCGGAUGGCCCGUCUAAGCGGUGGCAAGUAUGGUCCCAGCGCUGUGAUUGGUGGAGCCUUCCGUAAGAGCUUUGUGGGUGGUCCACCGCCGCCGGUUACGCCGGAGAAUGUCUGGCUGGCACCGGAGAGCUUUGCCUGCCUGGAGUGCCUGGGCACUGCUGGCCACGAGGAUCUGCCCUACGAGAUGUUUGGCCUGGGUCCUGGCAACGACAACAAUGGCUAUGAUCGGCCUCUCUCGGAGAUCUCCUAUGAGUCCUGCGAGCCCAACAACUACGAGCUAAUUUCGGGUUCAAUGGCCACGGCAGCCGGCGGAGGAGGAGGACCUGCCACUGUGGGCGCUGGUGGCAACCUCUCGAAAUUCCAUCGCAGCUACUCCAUGGGCCAGGGCUGGGCUGCCUUGGCCCACCACCCAACGCCACACCAUCCGCCACAGCCGCAGCAGCACCAUCAGCAUCAUCCCCAGCAGCAGCAGCAGCAGCUGCAUUUGCAGCUUCAGCAGCAUCACCAGCAGAUGCAAGUGGGCCCAGGAACAGCCGAGGCACAGCCCAAGGUGGUGUAUCGCCGGCGAAACAACUCGACCAGCGAGGGCGAUGGCUCCCUGCUCAUCUGCUAUCCUUCUGAGCAUCUGCGACGCCUGGUGCCGCACAAGCUGCUGGCCCAUGUGUCCGUGCUGCAGGCGAGCGAGGGAUCCGCCAGCGAUCAGCCAGGCGAUCAGACAGCCUCCGCUUCGGGAUCGGGAUCAGCUAGCCUGCUUCUGGCCCGUCCAGCCAUGGCCUUCAUCACGCAGAAGCACGAGCUGGACAGGCUGAGGGCGGCCAUGCGCAGGAGCCUUAGGAUUGCCGCCUGCCGAAUCUAUGCUCUGCAGGCUCUCAACUGGCUGCUGAGAAGCGUCACCCAGGGCGUGUGCCUGCACGAUCUCAUGUGGUGGUUUGUCAGCUCGCUACCAGUGGCUGGGAGCCACCAAAGCCACCAGCAUCAGCAUCAUCAUCAUCCUCACCACCUGAGCGGCGGAGAGGAGGCGGCGGAGCCCUCGCUAGAGCACCCAGUGGCCUAUACCCAGAUCAGCGGGCGGUUUGCCCACCUAAUCACUCAGUCUCUGCAUGUCCUGCUCCAAUCAGUGGCAGAUCUCACGCUGCACUUGCCCUUGGGUUCGCCGCUGCAGCGGGUAGCCAUCCAGUGCUUUGGCAUACGUUUCCGCCAGGCGGAUCACCAGUUCCUACACAGCUCGCAUGUGUUUGGCAACAUCUCCAAGAUUCUGUCCAAGUCGGAUGAGCAAAACGAUGCCAUGGCGGUGUCGAUGAUGCUCAAGCCGGAGAAUCAGCAUCCCCAUGAUGCGGAGCACAACCAGGUGGUGAUGCCACAUCCCGUGGCAGCUGGAGCUGGCGCCCGACUGCUCUGCUACACCGAUCUGGCGGGCAUGUUCGAGGUGACGGUGUCCUCGCGACCCGCCAUGGCCGAGUCCCUCACCGACAACUCCACGGAGACGUUCUGGGAGAGCGACGAGGAGGAUCGCAACAAGUGCAAGAUCAUCGAGAUGUCGCUCACGAAGCUUAACUAUGCCUGUCGCUACCUCCUGGUGCACAUCGACAACAGCCGGGACAUUCAGAACAAGGUCCUCAAUGUGGUCUUCUAUGCCGGCCAAUCGCUGGGCGACACAAAUGUGAUCAAGUCAACGGACGUGGAUCCCAAGGCCUGCGCCUGGAUCUCGGCUAAGAUCGGAGAUGAUAGCUGCACCCACUUUCGCCUGGAACUGCACGGUCCCGAGAAUACGCUGCGCGUGCGACAGAUCAAGCUGCUGGGCCUGCCCACAGGCGGUGCAUUGGGUGCCGAGGAUCCCAUGGAUCCGCUGCGUCCCCAUCUCAUGCAGCAGCCCCACCUGCGCCUGAGCCAUGCCUCGCGCAUCCAGCAGCAGAUCUGUGAGGCGGAAACCUUGCGUGUGUUCCGUCUGAUCACUGGUCAGGUCUUUGGCAAGCUGAUCAGCAAUGUGGGCUCGGAUCUAGUGCCACCGGAUUCAGCACCACCCAGCGCCGGCGGCGGUGGCGGAGGAGGAGGAGGAGCAGGAGGAUCAGGAGCCGGAGCCAGCACUUCCCUGCUGGCAGACUCUCUAGACCUCAGGGAGCACAUGGUGGGCAUUCUGUUCUCGCGCAGCAAGCUGUCACAUCUGCAAAAGCAGGUCAUUGUCCACAUAGUCCAUGCCAUUCGCAAGGAGGCUCAGCGGGCCAAAGAGGACUGGGAGCUGGCGAACCUGGCGCACGGUCUCAAGCAGCAACAGCAGCAGCCACCCGCACCUGCACCCUCAACCAGCAGCGAAAGCUCUCCAGAACGCAACCGGGCACCGGACACCUACUGCUUCGAGAUGCUCAGCAUGGUGUUGGCCCUGUCCGGCAGCGUGGUGGGUCGCUCCUACCUCUCGCAGCAGCACGGCUUGCUCAGGGAUCUUCUCGGGCUGCUGCACACCGGCAGCGAUCGUGUGCAGCGCCAGGUGACGGCCUUGCUGCGUCGCAUCUUGCCGGAAAUAUCGCCGGAGAGCUUUGCCGAGCUGCUGGGCGUCCAGAGAUUGCCGCCGGCGGACUAUAGCAUUGCCCAUCAGUCGGCCAGUGACUUUGAUAUGAGCCGGCUGGGUCUGCUGGACAUAUUCCUGGCCGUCAUAGCCAAGUCCCUGCAGUUGCAGGUCAAAGUAAAGACGACAGCAGCAGCCUCGGCAGCAGCUGGGGGAGCAGGAGGAGGGACAGGCUCGGGAGCAGGAGGAGGAAGCGGAGUAGCCAAGUCUGGACAGCAAGAGAAGACUCCAGCCUUUGUGCGGCUUUGCAGCUCCCUGGAUCUUUCCGUGCAGCAGCUGCGUUCGCGUCCGCCCACUGGAGAGCCGGGCGGAACCGAUCCCUUCCAGUUUGAAACCCUGCCACCGCCGCCGCCGCCCAGGAAGGAGUCCAAGCGGAAUCUGAACCAGCGAUGGUUCCUCAACGGCGUGAUCUCCACCAAGCAGGCGGAGAGCAUCAUUGGUCUCAUACGGGAUUUGGCCAGCGGCAAGCUGAGCGAGAAGUGGUCGCAAAUCACCAAGGCGGCCAUUGCCGAGUCCGUGCUGAAUCUCACCCGGCUGGAGGAGAUCUAUCGCACCCCAGAGCACUGCACCAAGACCUCGACACUGUGGCUGGCCUUGGCCAGUCUCUGUGUCCUGGAGCGCGAUCAUGUGGAGAAACUGUCGUCGGGUCAAUGGUCCAAGCUCUGCGACACACGGCCAUUGUGCAGUAACCAUGACGAUGGCGAGACGGCGGCCAUUAUCCAAUGCGAAACCUGUGGCUCCCUCUGCGGCGACUGUGAUCGCUUCCUUCACCUCAACCGCAAGACGCGAUCCCACAAGCGAACGGUGUGCAAGGAGGAGGAGGAGGCCAUACGGGUGGAGCUGCACGAAUCUUGCGGCCGCACCAAGCUCUUUUGGCUGCUGGCCCUGGCCGACUCCAAGACACUCAAGGCCAUGGUGGAGUUCCGCGAUGGCAGCCACACGAUCAUCUCGGGACCCCAGGAGGCCGUGGGCAGGUGCCGUUUCUGCGGCCUUACCGGCAACUCGGGUUUGCUGGAGAUUGGCAAUGUGUGCGCCGAUGCCCAGUGCCAGGAAUAUGCGGCCAACUCCUGCCUAAAGACGAAACCCUGUGGCCAUGCCUGUGGCGGAGUGACCGGCGAAAGGAAGUGCCUGCCCUGCCUGCAGCAUGUUUGCCAUAGCCGGGAGAACGAGCUAGCCGAGGAGCUGAGAGAUCCCAAGCUCACUCAGGAUGCGGACGAUAUGUGCAUGAUCUGCUUUGUGGAGGCCCUGUCCUGUGCGCCCUCUAUUCAUCUGGAGUGCGGCCAUGUUUUCCACUAUCACUGCUGCAAGGCGGUGCUGGAGAAGCGCUGGAGUGGUCCCCGCAUCACCUUUGGCUUCUCGCUGUGCCCCAUCUGCAAGGCGGACAUCCAGCAUCCGCUGCUAGCCGACAUCCUGGAGCCCAUUAAUGGGCUCAAGCAGGAUGUCAAGCGCAAGGCGCUCAUGCGCAUCAAGUACGAGGGCGUGGUCAAGGACACGGACAGCAAGGACGUGAACAUGACCCAGCUGGCCAUGGAUCGGUAUGCCUACUACGUAUGCUUCAAAUGCCAGAAGGCCUACUAUGGCGGCGAGGCGCGUUGCGAUGCGGAAAUUGGUGAGAAAUUCGAUCCCGAGGAGCUGGUUUGCGGCGGCUGCUCGGAUGUGGCCCGUGCCCAGAUGUGCCCCAAGCAUGGUACCGAUUUCCUGGAGUACAAAUGCCGCUACUGCUGCUCGGUGGCCGUGUUCUUUUGCUUUGGAACAACGCACUUUUGCGACACCUGCCACGACGACUUUCAGCGGCUGACCAAUAUACCAAAGGUGAAGCUGCCACAGUGCCCGGCCGGGCCCAAAGCCAAGCAGCUGCUGGGCGAUGAAUGUCCGCUUCAUGUGAUGCAUCCGCCCACCGGCGAGGAGUUUGCCCUCGGCUGCGGCGUUUGUCGCAAUGCCCAGACCUUCUAGCCACACACUUGUCUGCCAAAGGCUAAGGAAAUGGCAAAGAAAUCCAAAGAUGGCGAUGACGAUGACGAUGAUGACGACGUCGACGACGACGAAGAUGAUGAUGAUGAUGACGCGGAACUGGCCCCAGACAUGUGGGCGAGCAUCUGGUCACAGUCGGACGACUCGCGGACGUAUUUGUAGGGAUUAGAGACCCCCAGAAAAAAAAAAAGAAAACUAGGCGCAAUCCUCAAUCCUUGAACCCUCUACCCACUAAACAUCCCCUAGACAGUAAUUAACUCAUCGGAAUGGCAAUGGAUAUGGCGGAUAUAGAUAUUUUCUAGGUUAGCUGAAGACACGACCACAUCGGACGACGGAUAUUGGAUAACAGAUAACGGAUUAGCUAAUAGCGUGUAGCGUAUAUAUUAAAAUAUUAUUCUUUUUUUUUUUACAACACUCGCAACACUCGAAUCUCCCCUCAAAAUCAAAUUCACUAUAAAUAUAUAUAUUAUUUUUAAAAAUUUAUUUUAAUGUACAAUUCCGGAGCGAGAGCGAGAGUGGGAGCGCGAGAAGUUUGUACAUAAUACUCCUGCUCCCUCAAGACCCUCCAGCUCCUCCAAAGCACAUUAUAAGCGACAUUUAUAUAUAUAUAUACGCAUUGCAAAUAACUAAAUUAUAUAAAUAUAUAUAUAUUUAUUAUGGGAAACUGACGGGCGAACGGAUGCAAUAAAAAUCAAUUCUGAAUGUAA